UAGUGUAGGUGACAGAAUUUGAUGGUCUUAGUGAUGUUUGACAGCACAAACACACCAUCUACCCAAUUAUUGUGAUUUGAGCUAAACAAGCUAAAUAAUAGGCUGGCUGUUGUGUGUGAUGUAAUCAUGGUGACGUCUGGUUCCCAUCACCACCGCUGAAAAGAAGUCAGAGUUGACAAGUUUCUCUACAAGUGAACCAGAUCACAUCAAACCAGCUGAAUGUUUACAUCUCGGCCACUGAAUAACGCAGGAAUUUUGAAAAAUCGAUGGAGUUCCCCUUUAAAUGAAAAGGGCGCUACUGGCCCUUUAAGAGUUUUCCACAGCCAGCCGCAUGAAGUUGUUAUUGUGGGCAGAUUAAGUUUCGUUUUAGCCGUGAAGAAGCUGAAGGCCUCCUAGAAGGAAGACUGACAGAAAUGCAGAUGACCUCCUUAGCGGGGCGUCCUGGGAGGCUGUGAAGCGAGAUCCUGCUGUGGUUUUCAUCUCCGAGGGAAAACGAGCCUGUGGCUAACGCUAGCUUAGCUGCCGGCUGGCUGGCUGGGACGGUGCUGCUGCUUGGAUGGUCUGAAUAGAUGGGAAACAGGAGUGAGACACAUCAUGCCUUCGUACGAAGACUGGAAGAAGACCUUACACUUCUACUACUUCAUUAAGUUCACGCUGAACGUCUACUCGAUGCUGUUUUCGUUUCUGGGUCUUUGUGUGCUGUGUAUAGGCCUGUACGCAGAGGUGGAGCGGCAGAAGAACCGCACUUUAGAGGGCGUAUUUCUAGCCCCGGCUGUGGUGCUCAUCCUGUUGGGCCUGGUCAUGUUCACCGUGUCUGUGGUGGGCAUGGUGGGCUCCCUCAGAGACAACAAGACUCUUCUGCACAUGUUUCUCUGCGUGCUCUGUGUUCUGCUGGCGCUCCAAGCCCUCGCGCUAAUCAUCGCUCUCCUUUUUGAGAAGACGACGUCUGAAUUGUUUCAGAAGAACAUACGUGAAGGCAUCAAGCACUACUAUGACGACCUGGACUUCAAAAACAUCUUGGACUACGUGCAGGAGAAGUUUUCCUGCUGUGGGGGUGAUGACUAUAAAGACUGGGAGGUAAAUCAGUAUCAUUUCUGUAACGGCUCAGGACCGCUGGCCUGCGGCGUUCCGUACACCUGCUGUAUCCACAACAAAGAGGUUGGAGAAGUGGUAAAUACGCUCUGCGGCUACAAGACUCUUACCAAGGAGCGUGUAGAUUUGGACGACAUCAUACACGUACGAGGCUGCAUCCAUGCUGUAAAUCUGUGGAUGGGUGACAACAUCGGAGCCACGAUAGGAAUCUGCUGCGCUGUGGGUCUACCUCAGCUGCUGGGCAUCAUGCUGAGCUGCAUCUUCUGGAACCUCCUGGUGGAGAUGAGUAUAUCAAGUGACAUGGUGGACUUCAAGAUCCUGAAGAAGGCUGGCUUCAAAUACAGCGAGUUGGACCUGUCCGGCGCUGGCUGGUGCAUGUGUUUGCCUCGAGAAGGCGGGUACCUGCCCAUUCCUGUAACAGAACCAGAACAGGACAUUCAGGACUUUGAGCCUUUAGACCUGGAGCAGGCCCAGUCCAAACUGUCCCUCACACAGUUUGAACAGCCGGGCCAAGACCCCGACAUGGGAAUGGACGUAGUGGACAAUCGACUGUAGAGGUCAGCAUGGGAACCGAAGUGCAUCUAAUUCACUGCAUCUGUUUGUAUUGUUUUUAUUUAUUGUUUUUAGUUUUAUAGAGGCGCGGUCUUCCAGUAAUUGCACUUUCAUCUUGCACUACAAGUUGGGAUCAUAAGCUUUCGUUCAGCUUCAUCAGUCAGACACUUCCCAUUUUUCUACCGUUUUGCAUGCAGAACACAUUGAUGUAUUUUUAGCUCCAACUAAUAUACGUUUUGUUUUUUUUAAACAUGACAAAAGGGAUUUCAUGACAAAAGUUGGAAUUUUACAAAGUUUGUUUUUUUUUAAAUUGUGAAUUACUUGAUUGGCAGAUGAUUGGCGACCAGUCAUUUUUAAAUGUUUUAUUUUUUUGGUUACGUAAUCUUAACCUCCACUUUACAUGCUAUUCCACGUUUUUUACAAACAAAAAGGGAUUUCAUUGGGAUUUGUUGGAUUUGGCCUAUUGUACUUUUCAUGUUUAGUUCUGAAUUACUUGAUUGGAAGGGAUUACAUUAAUGAUGGGCAACUAGUCUUUUUUUUUUUCUUUCUUUUUUUAAUUUCUCCUCUCCUCUUCUAUCAUUUUUAAUAGUGAAUUUAGAGCAAAAUCUUCAGGGAAAUUUACAAUCUUCAUUUUGUCUAUUUGUUGUGUUUGGAUGUCUUGUUUUUUAGAUAAAUAUAAGUAUAUAUAGAUAUGUGUAGAUAUUAAGGAUGCACAGAAAUAUUGGAACCAGCAUAUAUCUGCAUAAAAAAAAGCUAGGAUUUUUUCUAGUGAUGCACCAUAUUGAAAAUUCUUGACUGAAACCGAAGCCCAAAAUUUAGUAUACGUUGGGUUGAAAAGUGAAACUGAAAAUUGAAAAAGCUGACAAAUAAAACCAGUUUAAUUCCAGUGCAAUUCCAUUUUCAUCAUUUCAAAAACCUCAGAUAAAAGCUACAGAUAAAUGCUGGUGUGCUAGCAAAGACUUCCGUUAGGCUUCUGUUUAGCUGUAUCCUGCGUAUCAUGCAGGAUGUCGUGUAUUAAGAGAGAUCAAACCUGUUACCACGAGGUUUUUGGUGCUCAACGGUCAACAUAAAAGAAACUGUAAAAUAGAUGUAGCUAAUAUUUCCACUGUUGAUCUACUGCUGCUCAAACUGUUUGAAUGCAACUCCACUUACUGCUACGCUUUUAAUCACGGUUUAUUUUCAUUACCAUUUAAAAUCAAGCCUUAGACUUCGUUAUAGGCCUGUUCUCAGCCUUCUGUUCUCUUUUGGCCAAAAUCUAGUGCAUCCGGAAUUUCAGCACUCCAGCACGAUCUGCUCACGAUCUACAAAUAUAGCUGGAGUGAUUUACACUACUUAAUUUUUUCCUAGUUCCUAUAAAAUCGCUUUAAUUUGAUAAAUGAUAAGUGAACCCCCUGCGCUUCUGUGGUUUUACUUAUUUUUUGCAAGCUCCUAUCAAAUAAAUGUUUAUUAUCCUUCAUAUUUACAUUAAAACAAAAGCAUUAAAAAUGGUCUGUUUUCUAAAUGUUUCCACCAUGUUGGCAAUUUUAUGGGCAGAUAUUAAUCAUCAUGCUGUACCGAUAUUUCCCUAACAGUGCAUCCUUAAUAGAUGUGCAUUGCCUAGUAUGUAGUCAUUUAGCUGUAUUGCACUUCUGGCGUCAUUCAGAUUUUCUAGGAAGUGUUAUAGAAACACUUUUUAAAAAAGGGGUUGAAGAAUCAAAAAAACCUGCUGACACUUAAUUUGAUGCUGCUGUUCCUGUUUACAAUCUAGCGAGUAUAAACUGAUGAAUAAAUUGUUGCCUUAUUCAUGAUAGAAGCUUUUGUCCGCAAUACCUCAGGCUAUUUUGGAAUAGCCUUGUCUAUUUGCAGGUGAUUUUUGAGUAGUUUUUAUUGGAAAUAAGAAAUUCCGGGUAACACUGUACAUAACACUGACGGGAACCACGGCAUAAACAUGUAAUGGCUGAGAUGUCGUAUGCUGUCAUGAUUUGACAAGUUCAAGUAUAUAUGUUGUGUUACCAUUACCAGUAAUUGUCAUAUUCGAUGUUAUAACAGCUUAUAAUACACUAAUUUUUGCCAAGCAUACUGUUGUUAGCCAUCAGUGCAGAUGGAAACACAGUAGUAAUGUAUUGCUGAACAUAAGCUGUCCGGAUGCCUCACAACAGCAUACGCCAUCUGCCGUGACAUGUUGGGCAUGGUUAUGCCAGUUUUGUGUAGUUGUAUGUGUUGCCAAUUCUGAUUGAUCUUGCAUUCGCAAAUACUUGAAGUGUAAUCUGUACAGUAGAGCAAUCGGUCCUAGUCAUUGGUGUGUUAUCAACUAAUAUGCUAUAAUGCAAAGUCAGUUUUUUAUGUAAAGUUUUAUGUUUUGUUUUUUCUUUGGGGGGGAAAAAUGAAACCAACAGGCCUAAAGGGAUCAUAAUCCACAUUUCAGCGGUGCUUUUAACUCCUGUAGUUGAUUAGUAAUUUUAAACAGUCUACCUUAACUACUUUGUUGCUCCAAACGGGGGUCUUCUAGACCUCUCAAGUUGCCCUGGCCUUUUGAAAAACUCCAGUUCUUGCCAAUAAAAAAAAAAAGACGGCAAAUUAA